CAUAGGAGUGCUUUUAGAGUAGCUUGCAUACGCAUUUACAUUUAUUUAGAGGACGCUUUUUUUCAAAGCGACUUACAAUGUUAAGGUCUUUAUAAUUAUUUACCUAUUUAGGGAGCUGGGUAACUCCAGUGGUAUAAUUUAGGGUAAAUACUUUGCUCAAGCCUUGGGUACUACAGCCACAGGUGGUGAUUGAACCUACAACCUUUAGAGGCAAAGACAGUCGCUCUAACCACUGCGCUAGCAGCUGUUCGUGUGCGUGCCUUUUUCUUGCAGAAACGCUAAAGAAGGCUCUGGGUUCAAACGCGUCAGUGCAAAAGUCAAGAAUUAAACUAAGCUUAGGGAUCAUGAAGCUGGAGCUGCCCAACCCGGGUCUGGAUGGUCGCAUACUAUCCCACGAGGAGCUAGAGAAGCUGGAGGUGGAAGGGGCUGGAGACAGACCGAAAUGGGACAAUAAAGCCCAGUACAUGCUGACCUGUGUGGGCUUCUGUGUAGGUCUGGGUAACGUCUGGAGGUUCCCUUACCUGUGCCAGAGCCACGGAGGAGGAGCGUUCAUGAUCCCCUUCCUGAUCCUGCUGGUUCUGGAGGGAAUCCCACUUCUCCACCUGGAGUUUGCCAUCGGCCAGCGCCUGAGGAAGGGCAGUGUGGGAGUGUGGACAGCCAUUCACCCCUAUCUCACCGGUGUCGGAAUUGCAUCCAUGUUGGUCUCCUUCCUCGUUGGCCUCUAUUACAACACCAUCAUUGCCUGGGUGAUGUGGUACUUCUUCAACUCUUUCCGGGACCCACUGUCUUGGAGUCAGUGUCCCAUGACGAAAAACAAUAAGACAGUCAUGGUGUCAGAGUGUGCACGGAGCUCCCCAGUGGACUACUACUGGUACAGGGAGACACUCAACAUCUCCGCCUCCAUAGAGGAUGCUGGCGGCUUGCAGUGGUGGAUGGUCCUGUGCCUGUUGUGCGCCUGGAUUGUGCUCUAUGUCUGCUUCAUCCGGGGUAUUGAGACCACUGGCAAGGCUGUGUAUGUGACUUCCACCCUACCGUAUGUGGUCCUCACCAUCUUCCUCAUACGAGGCUUGACUCUCAAAGGUUCUGUGAGUGGGAUCAAGUUCCUCUUUACCCCAGAUUUAACGGAGCUUGCAAACUCAGUUACCUGGCUGGAUGCAGGUGCUCAGGUGUUCUUCUCCUUCUCUCUGGCCUUUGGGGGUCUCAUCUCUUUCUCCAGCUAUAACCCUGUGCACAACAACUGUGAACAGGAUGCUGUAAUUAUUUCAAUAAUCAAUGGCUUCACUUCAGUCUAUGCUGCCACUGUCAUCUACUCCAUCAUUGGUUUCCGGGCAACUGAACGGUUUGAUGACUGCCUUGGAGGGAAUAUCUUGGCCCUGAUGAAUGCAUUUGAUAUUCCCGAGGGUAAUAUAACGGACAGUAAUUAUGAUGAAGUUCUGCAGAGUCUCAACAGCACAUUUCCCCAAACUAUUCAGAAUCUUAACCUGAAAACCUGUGACCUGAACACUUUUCUCAGUGAGGGUGUUGAGGGAACUGGUGUUGCCUUCAUUGUGUUCACAGAAGCAAUCACCAAGAUGCCCAUAUCCCUUUUGUGGUCCAUUCUGUUCUUCAUCAUGUUGUUCUGCCUGGGGCUCUCUUCUAUGUUUGGCAACAUAGAGGGGGUCUUGGUACCCCUACAGGACCUCAAUGCCAUCCCCAAAAAAUGGCCAAAGGAGUCUAUCACUGGUAUAAUAUGUCUGGUAUCCUUCCUCAUCGCCCUCAUAUUUGUACAACGGUCAGGAAACUACUGGCUGGCCCUCUUCGACAGCUUUGCUGGUUCUGUUCCAUUACUGAUCAUCGCCUUCUGUGAGAUGGUGGCUGUGGUUUACCUCUAUGGGAUAGACAGGUUUAGCAAGGACAUUGAGUUCAUGAUUGGCCACAAGCCCAACAUGUUCUGGCAGGUCACAUGGAGGGUCGUCAGCCCUCUGCUUGUGCUGGUCAUCUUCCUCUUCUACUUUGUUGCCAAAAUCAGUGCAGAGCUCACCUACAAUGUGUGGAACCCCGAGUCUGAAAACUUCCCCAUUCUGGACAAGGUCCACUAUCCAAACUGGGUUUAUAUAAUCAUAUUCAUUCUAGCUGGAAUUCCUAGCCUUGUCAUUCCUGUCACCGCACUUGUUAAAUUUAUCAAGGACUGCUACAGUAAGAAUGACAGUGGGACGAACAGCCUCAACACUGAUAAAAUACAUAUGAGUGACGAAGGAUCCUUGACAUAAAAUUGUUAAUGUAUCAGCAGAUACUAAAUUAAUAAUGCAUCCUAUUCAAUUGUAGGAAUUUUUGUAUAUCAGGGAUGCUAUUAAUUAGGUAGUAGUCAAAUAAAAGUGAGAAAGUCAUUGCUAGAGACAAGAACUAUGAAAGCAUGUCAGUUGUAUAUAAUUUAAGCUCAUUCUGCCAGCAAUAUUAUAUGGCCUGUUCCGCAGAAAAAGUGGCCAUUUGCAGAAACUUCUGAUUACCGGCAGUGGAGAAUGUCAUUAAUGAGACUGAAAAUCAGGUUGUGGCCUCGUAAACUGCUUUGGAGGGUUGCAGCCUUGGCUACACCCCCAUGCCUUGACUGACUGACAGCUUCCUCUGCUUUAAUUCUUACUUUCAGUAAUUUGCCUUUUGGAGUUAAUUGUUCUUUUAAAGUUGACCAUCUGUUU